UUGUCGCUAGGUUGGUUGCUAGGGUAAUCAUGCUGGUUGCUAAGUUGGUUGGUAAGUUCACAUUUUGGAAGCUGUAGCUAGGUUGUAGCUAGGGCAGUUGAGGUGGUUGCUAAGGUGUUGCUAGGGAAACUAUAGUGAUUACUAUGCUAUAACAGUGGUUGCUAUGGUGUUGCUAGGGUAAUUAUAGUUGUUAUUAUGCUAUAGAAAGUGGUUGCUAGAAUGUUGCUAGGGUACUUCAGGUGGUUGCUAGGCUGUUCCUAGGGUAAUGAAAGUGGUUGCUAUGCUAUAAAAAGUGUAAAUAGGGAAAGUAGCUGAACGUUAUUGACAUUGGGAGAAAUAGAGAGAGAGAGAGAAAGUGAAGAAAAAGAAGGGAAAAAAAGUUGGGAUGAGAAGUGAGCUAUCCAGUUGAAUGGAGAGAGACACAGAAAAGAGGUUCCAUUGAAGUUUCUGCAGGCAGUCAGUGAGAGAGCACAGGUGCAGUCGAUUACAUUCUAAUUCCUUAAUAGGCUAUUAUGAUGUAAUAAGGCCAAUGUUAAGUCUAUGGAGAUUUUUAAGUUUAGUUUUUAUCAAAGAUUCUUGAGCGGGCUCUGUUCUAGAAUCUUUGGUUUUUAUUCAAUAUCUCAAAAAGUAAAAGUUGUAGACAUAUGAACAUUUUGUUCAAGAGCAACAUGUCACAGUUUGAACCAAGUUUCUACACUAAGCGGUUCAAGCCAAAUUAGGGCCUGGAAGAAUAAUAACAAAAUAUAAUGAUAAGUCGGAAGAAGCCAAUGGAAUAACAAUGCAGUGCAUUUGCAUGCACUGUAAUACUACUACUACUACUAAUAAUAAUAAUAAUAUCAAUAUUAAUAAUAAUAAGCUAACAAAAACAUCAAUAAUUUAAACAAAUGAUACCGCUUACCUUCUUGUGUCUGUAUGCUGUUGUCCUUGGUAUUUUCUUCUCCUUAUCCAAUAAGUAGGAUUUGUACUUUGAUCGUAAAGGUGGCAUAUUUGAGCAAAUAUUGUUGACCAGUGCACAGAUCAAGAUUGAAGGAUCAAGACUAAUAUGAAUGGACCCACGGACCCAAGGACCCACAACCAAUCAGUGUGCGCAGCUGCAUCCAAUCAGUUUGUAGAAGUUUGGGCGGCCACACCAUGUAGCUAAAUACAUUGACGAUUAAUAUUUGAAAUUCAUCAGUCAGAUGGGAACAGAGUAAGGUUAACUUCAGUUAGCACAAUGUAUGGGUUGUUUUAUUUCGUAGACGGGUCCGUUAUUGUAGAUAAUACAUCUAUUAUUCAGGAUGCAUAUAGAAAUGUAGACAUUACAGUCAAACGCAAGGAGGACCUCCAGUCCAAGCAUGGCUGGAUAGAGGUGAUUUUGCCUGCUAGACGCAGGCAAGAUCCAAAGCCGGUUGCAGCCAAACUGCUCUUCUUGUCAGGAAACUACAACGACUUAGUCGAGAAGCGUAUUGCUUUCCUCCAGGGAGAGGAUUUAUGGUCUUCCUUUGGUGAGUCCAGCAAAACGAUUUGCCAGGAGAAGAGGGUGAUGAAGCAAGGAAUGACCUCUGGUUCACAGAUGGCCAAAAUGGGCGAGGAGCUGAAGAGGGACCUAAAGCGGCAACGUACAACAUUACUGGAGUCUGAUUCUGAUGAGACCUGUUGCGACCUAUUUGAUCCUCCUAAAAAACGUAAAUCGGUGGUUGUGAACAGUGAUGAUGAGGAGGACGGCAUCCCUCAGGAGUCUCAGCGGCCAGGGGCAGUGCCUGCCGUUUUUGUCGAGAUGGACGAGGAAACUGCACAGGCUCUGAAAGAGCUGCCAGAACUGGUGUCAUCACUGAAAGCAGUCAUAAACAAAAUGGCAGAUUCAUCUAUUUCCUCCAGCCAAAGUGACUCACCACGCACUAGCAGUGACACUGGCAGUGAAGACAUGAUAUCAUUGGGCACCUCGUCAGUGCAAGUGGCAAAACGUCUGUAUCAGAGGCUGAGUGGGAGGAGGAUGUCCCUCUUCACACAGGAACUGGCCACAUUGGUGUUUGGGAGGGAAACUUUGGCUAAGGCAACCCUCACAGGCAAAGGGAAAAAGGGCGAGCUGAAGGAGCAGCUUGACCCAGAAAAAACCAACGCAAUUAUAGAUGCAGUGAGGGAGCGAUUCCCCAACACAGAGGUGCCUGAAAUUCGUGCCCUUCUACGGAGGAAGUGUAACAAUGAAAGCUACAAGGCCAUAUCCACCUGUAAUAAUCAGAGUUAGAUGUUGUUUAGUUAGAGGUGCUUUUGUAUAGGUGGAAGCAGAAACCCGAGCUCUGGAGUAAUUGCUUUCACUUCCCACAAACUCGGUUCACAUUGCCUAUGGUUUAGACACAUGCAAAUCCUCUCUCUCUCUGUCUUUCUUUAUUUCUGUCUUUCUCUCUCUUUCUCUGUUUCUUUCUCUCUCGAUCUGUCUUUCACUUUAGAGGAUGGUUUAUGAUUUGAAUGCCAGGCUUCAUUUUUCUUGUGAGUUGUCAAUUUUGUGAUCUAUAGCACAGAGUGGUGUGUAAUUAUGUGUCUGUUAUUGUUGUGUAUUGUAUUAUCAUUCAUGAGAUCAUGA